UUUUUGAAUUAGCCGGUUGUCUUUAUUGAAUCCUGGCUCAUUCCAGCUCACUCAAAAUGUAAACACAAUUGUUGAUGGAGCAAAGUUGAUCCUAUUUUCCCCUUUCAUUUCCCUUUGACUCCUUUAAGGCCAAUAACCGAAAUACCUGAUUAAUAUGAUUGUUGAGACUUUUUUAGAAGACGUUAGUACAUCAUCAACUUUCGAUUGACACCAAAAUCAAAGCUGGACUGCGUUUACUUGGAGUCAAUGGUUUUUAACUGGCAAAGUAUAGCUUACAAAUUAUGACUGCCAAUCCAAGCUUGCUUGCAAUUCAAGCCCUGCUUCAACCAUCAACAUCAACAAAAAACUCUCACAUACACACAUCAUACACGUAUGAGUUGUAAAUAUUUUACGAAAAAAGAAGUAACAAUUAAAUAUGGUGUUCCCUAAAGUCAACACAAUACAAUCUACUGAAUACUUGUGUAAUUUUGAUAACUCUAAUAUCAAUUGUUUUGGUACUAACUUUAAAUCCAUCGACAGUCAACAUCAUCUUUUACCUUCAUCAUCGUCAUCUUCAUCAUCUUCAUCAUUUUCAUCUUAUUCAUCUGCAUCGUCUUCACUAUCUUCAUUUUCACUUUUCACAUCUUUACAUAUUUCUCCACCAUAACUUUUAAUCAAACUCGUCAUCAACCUUUACAAUUGAAAUUUUUAGGAUUAAAAAAAUAGGACAACCCAUAAGGAAUAAAAAGAGUCAAAUUUGGUUCAAGAAAAUGCCUUUUUCACGGGCAAGAUCGCUUAUGACCAACAUGAAUGGAUCAACUAGUGGUCCAUUUUUACCUCAAAUUUCAGAUAAAAAUGGUUCCUCUAUGGUAGGUUCAAAUUGUAAUACAAGUUCCGGUUUAUUACCGCCAAUUAAAAGCUCAUCUUACAAAGGUUCAACCAACGGAUUGAACAAUAUCAGUGAUAAUAAUGGUGUCUCCGAUAAUGGUGACUACUCCUCAGCAGAAGCAGAUUGUUUGAUCAAUGGUUUUAACAUGUCGGUUGUGAUGCAUGGUCAAGGUGAUAUUGUACUGCCUCGAGCCCAAGUAAAUAAUGGGCUACCCGAUGUAAAUGAUAAUGGAUGUAACUCAAAUGGAACCCAUAAUGGAAGUUCCAAUGGAUCCAGUGGAUCUCACGGUUCUAAUGGUACCAAUGAUACUAUUGGUAAUAAUUCACAGUCAACACCCAGUCAAGAUAUAGAGAAUGAAGAGCAAAGCUAUAAUAAUUGUCUCAACAAAUACAAUAAUGGGAACGGAUCAACGUCCAAUUUAGUUGGUUUAGUACCUUAUAAGGGUAAAACUAAACCUUUAGUGGUCACACCUGAACAAGUGAUGAAACUGUAUUCAUAUAAACUUUCAGCUUAUGAGCAUCAUGAAAUAUUUGGUUACUCUCAAAUUUAUUUCAUCGGUGCAAAUGCCAAGAAACGAUAUAGUGUUAUUGGGGCUCCAAAUAAUUGUGGUUUUGAUGACGAACAUGGUUCCUAUCUUCAUGUUCUUCACGAUCAUAUCGGUUACCGUUAUGAGAUGUUAAAAAUAAUCGGUAAAGGUAGCUUUGGACAAGUCAUAAAGGCUUACGAUCACAAAACUCAACAGCAUGUAGCCUUAAAGAUGGUUAGAAAUGAGAAACGUUUCCAUCGACAAGCUCAAGAGGAAAUCCGUAUUCUUGACCAUCUACGGAAACAAGAUAAGGAUAAUACAAUGAAUAUAAUACAUAUGUACGAGAACUUUACAUUCCGGAAUCAUAUGUGUAUUACAUUUGAGCUUCUCAGUGUUAACUUAUACGAGUUAAUCAAGAAAAACAAAUUCCAAGGUUUUAGCAUACAAUUAGUCCGUCGGUUUGCAUACUCCAUUUUAAGGUGUUUGGAAGCCUUGUUCAAUAAUAAGAUAAUUCAUUGCGAUCUCAAACCUGAAAAUGUACUUCUCAAGCAACAAGGAAGAAGCGGAAUUAAAGUGAUCGACUUUGGUUCUUCUUGCUUUGAAACUCAAAGAGUUUAUACUUAUAUUCAAUCCCGAUUUUACCGUGCUCCUGAGGUUAUUUUGGGCUGUAAAUAUGGUAUGCCUAUUGACAUGUGGAGCUUUGGUUGUAUCCUUGCUGAAUUAGCAACCGGAUCUCCUCUUUUACCUGGUGAAGAUGAGGAUGAUCAAUUAGCCUGUAUUAUUGAAUUACUUGGUAUGCCACCAGAAAAAUUGUUAAAACAAUCGUCCAGAGUGAAAAGAUUUAUUAGUUCUAAAGGUUAUCCCCGGUACUGUUCAACGACAACCCUCUCUGAUGGAACUGUAUUACUCAAUGGGGGACGUUCCCGACGUGGGAAGAUACGAGGACCUCCAGGCUCAAGAGACUGGUCAACGGCAUUGAAAGGCUGUGACGAUGAGCAUUUCAUUGACUUCAUUAAAAAAUGUCUUGAGUGGGAUCCUGAAUUACGAAUGACACCUCAUGAUGCUCUAAAACAUACUUGGUUGACUCGUCGUCGCUUACCCCAUCCUCCGCAAUAAUUAAUGAAACCUUUGUAAACCAGAAUUGGUAUUGGAAUUGUCGAGAGAUUACCUGAAUAAAAAACGAUUGACAAAAGUGUCGCUAAUGGGCCUCCAUGAAAUGGACGAUUUUUCAUCAACAUCCACAGUUUUCAUCAAUCGCACCAGCCGAAGUAAUUCCCUGUCCUAAUUGUCAAUUGAUCAUUAACUAGACAAAUACAUUUCCCCUGAACCGGUUGUAGACUCAUUAUCACGUCUAAUUUGAUUUGAUAGUCCUGAUGUUUCACCUGCUUAUUGAACUGAUAUUAAGACGGAAUCCUUGAUCUGUCUUAAAUUAUGUAUUUAUUAUCAUGAUACUCAAAGACUUGUCAUUUUAACUCGUUUCUCAACUUUUUGGAGGUUCAAAAAAAUGAUGGCAACUCAUGGAUAAAUGCAGCUGAGAUCGACUUGAGUUAGUUUUGAUUGGGAACCAGAAAUAUUAAAUGCCAAUGAAUGAUCCUUUUCUGGUAUCUUUUGCCCCAUGACUGAUCAGAACGAGACUGUUUUCUUAUGAUUGCGCUGAUGGAUUCAAUUGACUGUAUGCUUUGGACCCGUUUUGACCAGACAUUGUUCCCGAUGAAUUAAGAAUUAAAUUUCGCCUGCUCUCCCUUACGGAACGCCUGGAAUAGUCAAGAUGGUCAAAAUGGUUUUAUCAAUUGUUCAAAGUUACCUUUCACAUUUGUUCAUGUCAGUUUAACCUCGAGGAUUACUUGAUUCGUAUAAAUAGACAAAAAUAAUUUACAUUUGAGAUGUUAAUCAAUUGUAAUCUUGUAACAAAGAUUAAUUGUUUCAUCUUACUCAUUGCAAAAUACAAGUAUAAUGCAAUAAGCAAAUUGAACGCUUUUACAUCGUGCUAUUAAAGCAUUCGUUUUAUAAAAAAUAA